CCGUCCUCUGCCGGUCACACAGCAACAACAUGCCUGCCUGGGAAGCGGCGGCGCUCGCGGAGGAGCGGUGCUGGCUCCAGGAGGAUUAUUAGCCCUCAGCCAAGGGGUGGGAGUGAGGGGCAUAAAGGAGAACCAGCAAGCAGAGGAGGAGGUGGGGGCAAGGCAGAGACUCAGCCCUGCCACCCCCCCAGAACCGAGCUCCCAGUGCGCUGGAGGAGAGCAGCAGCCCAGCCAGAUUGGCGUCUUGGCUGUCUAGAGUCCCAAACACUUCAGGUCCUGAUGGGGGACUCAGGAUCAAGACGUGCAACUCUUGUGUCUCGACUGCCAAUAUUCAGGAGAAGUAUUAGUCGAAGACAUGACUCCCUUCCUUCCUCACCCUCCUCCAUUAAUACUGUGGGUGUCCAUAGCUCCUCUCCCUCCAGCACCAACUCAAGCUCAGGUAGUACAGGCAAGCGAAGGAGCAUAUUCCGCACACCUUCCAUCAGCUUCCAUAGCAAGAAGGGGCGUGAACAGAAGUCUGAAUCUGCAAGCCAGAAUGUAAGUAUUUCAAAUGGUGCUCAGUCAGCUCACAACGAUUUCCAAAAAACAAGCUUGGAAGAACAUGUUAAAAGCAGAGGGAGGCAUUCAGUUGAUUUCAGCAGUUCACGGAGCAAGAAGAUAACAAGAUCCUUGACCGAGGACUUCGAAAAGGGGAAAGAGCCAUCAACUAAUAAGAAUGUCUUUAUAAAUUGCAUUCGUUCUGGAAAAAACGAGGGUGAUGACUCUGGCUUUAUAGAGGAGCAUAGUAGACGAUCUAUUAAGGAAUCCUCACGGAAACUUCUCCCGAAAUCUUUCUCAUCACACUACAGGUUUUCAAAGCCCGUCCCCCAGAGCCAGUCAGUUUCCUGUGUACAACAGUCUGGAUGCUUGUUGGAGAUUAAACCAUAUGUUGAAAGCGACCCCAUAACAGUAAGGUCCUCUCCAUCAUGUUCUGCUGAGAUAACAGAAUGUGCAGGAAGUUCUUUGCAAUCACCACAACUUUCUGCAGACCUCACCACAGUCCAGACACCUUCGGAAUUUUUAGCCUUGACUGAAGAUUCUUUCUCAGAAGUUGACAUGGUGCCCAAUAGUGGAAACACAGCGCCACACACAAAGAACUUAGACAAUAAUACUUCUACCUCUCAGAUUUUCCUCAGUCCUGUUGUUGCUUAUAUGAGGAAAAUAGAUCAUGUAGAAAAUACUUCCCAGUCUGCUGUUAUAUCUCCUGUGAAUCAUACAAGCUUUUGUAGUACUGAAUCAAAUACCUUACCUAAAAAUACUGCUGCUAAUCAAACACAAGUAUUAUUGCAAGCCACUGAACUUCCUGGUAAAGAUGCCAGGCACAUAGGAGAAAUUAACUCAGCAGGUGCACAGUUAGAAACUUUGGUGUUACAUCAUGAAGAAACAACAGUGGAAUGCUCGCCAAAGGCUAGUGGAUUAUGUGGGGACCAACAUGAAAUAACGUUAUCUGAGUAUAUUAGAGAAACAAUUCCUGUAACAGAAUCGAAGAUUAUUCCCUCCUCCUCUGAAUUCCGAUCCUUUAAAACACAACAGGGACAUGAAAUAAAUCACUCUAAAGUUAAUCUUGCCAGUAGUUUUAGUCCUUACCGAGAAGGCAGACUCAUAGAGAAGCGCCUGAGAUCCUCAUCAGAAGGCAAUGCUGGAAGCAGCAGGAUGAUCUUAAAACCAAAGGACGGAAACACAGAAGAUCUUCAUAGCUUGCGGAAGCAGAGAGCGAGCUCGUCAUCUUCAAAAAUGAACAGCCUGGAUGUUCUGAAUAACUUGGGUUCCUGUGAGUUGGAUGAAGAUGACCUCAUGCUUGAUUUGGAAUUCCUAGAAGAGCAGCAUCACCAUCGUUCUGUUUGCCGGGAAGAUUCAUAUCAGUCCAUAGUCUCCUGUGCUGCCUUAGUACUUACACCUAUAGAACCACCUGGGGAAGCAAAGAAAAAAGAAGAGCCAAAAAUGCCUGAUGUGGCCAAACGGAACCUCUCUCUGAAGUUGUCAAAGGAGGUAGACCAAGGAGAAGCUAGAUGUCCUCGUGUCAGCCAGGUGGCCAGCAGUCCCGCUGUGGAGUGGCCUUUUGCAGGCCUGGAAGAAGGUGGAGGCAUGGAAUCUUUGCCCUUCCGACUGAUGAUGCAGGAUUGCACAGCUGUAAAGACGUUAUUGCUGAAAAUGAAGAGGGUUCUUCAAGAGAGUGCGGAUAUGAGUCCUGCCAGUAGUACCACUUCACUUCCUGUUAGCCCACUUACUGAAGAGCCUGUGCCUUUCAAGGAUAUAAUGAAAGAUGAAUGUUCAGUGCUGAAGUUGCAGCUGAAGGAGAGAGAUGAACUCAUUUCCCAACUACGUGAGGAUCUGGAGAAAGCCCAACAUUUACAGAAGGCUCUCGCUUCCCAAGUAGAUAAAUCCACACAGACUGAACUUGUAGGCCAUGAUGCUACAUAUCUAAACAAAGUUGUGAGCCAAAACCUCAACACAAGGGACAGAAAGUCAGCACAUACUCCCACCGAGGACCCUUUUAGAUAUUCAUUGGGCAACCAAGCAACUGCCUAUGAAAGCAAAAGCUGUCAGCUGUCAAGUCUGUGUCUGAGUAACCUCCUGAAAGAUAAAGAAAUAGCGGAAGUCAUCAAGCACACGAGAGACACAUAUGAGACCCUCACUUCAGACGUCACCCAGAAUGUUUUGUCCAGCACUACACAAAGUACAACCAAGCCAACACCCAAGACAGAGAGCUUCCCAGGGUUGGCUGGGGCACCAAAGGAUCAGACUACUGUACCCCGGCAGCAUUCCACUUUCACGGGGAGAUUUGGACAGCCUCCGAGGGGACCCAUCUCCUUGCACAUGUACAGCAGGAAAAAUGUUUUCCUCCACCACAACUUACACACGGCAGAGCUGCAGACUUUAGGCCAAAAAGAUGGCUAACUGAGUCCUCAUAUUCUUGUUGUAGAAGGAAAUAAAGUCAGUUAAGGGGGAACGUUGCUCAUCUAGAGCUCAGUCUUAAGUUCUCAUCUGCUGCUACCUUUAAUUUUUUUAACUUUUAACAUUGUACAUGGGCUCCAUAUUUUCCCUGUUUAGGGAGGGUGGGGAUGGGGGUGGACUAGCAUGUUAACUUAAGUA